AUGACAAUUGAAGAAGGUAAUACUCCACCAAUUUUAGAUAUGAUAUUAAAAGGAUAUGCCCCCAAAGAAGAAAGAUCUAAAAAAGAUAAAGAGGCAGCGACAGCAAGAUUAACAACAAAGGAAAAGAAAUCAGAUCACAACAAGCAAUAA